UGUAAUGAUGCGUAUCUCAAGAGAACAUUCUUUAGAAUACUCGGAGCACGUCAUACAACCAUAUGGUGGAACCUUUUCAAGCCGAUUUUUAUCAAAAGAAAAAAAAAUGGUUAAUCAUGUGAUGAGACGUUUGGCUGUUAUCUACUCGGCAAUCGGCACACGUCGGCAUAUGUCGUCUGAUUUUGUCCUGCUGAUUGGUGCCCCACUCGAUUUUGGUUACGCACUGUUCACAUGCGUACGGCAAUACAAGCAGACGGGGGGUAUACUUAUCAAUGGACGCGUUAUUCUCACAUCGUCCGUCGCCGAGAACGGUCAGAACUGUACUUCACUCCAUCCAAAUACAUGCAACAAAAAAAACGUUAUAAAUGAUCCCCCCCUCUAUCCUAGAAAUCGUAAGAAAACGUUUGUUAAUUUUAUGCCCACUCUUAUCACUAAUCAGUAG